AUGUCUUCUAUACCACGAGGCGCUACGAGCGCCAAUAAACCCAAGCCUGUAAACGUAAAUACUUUGUACUCGGGUCGUAACCUCACCGCGGGUGCCAAGCCCCUCGGUAAACAUGGCCUUACCUCUGUUGGGAAAAGUGUUGGAGUUGUGCGUCGAAUGCCUCCACCAGCAACACUUCCUUCUCUGAAAGCAGAAAACAAUGGCCAGGAUCCCAACGUCGUCGUAGUACCUCAAGGAGGUACCGGGUGGAACAAAAACGAAACGUCGUCAGAUGCCUCUGAUGUUACUAAAACGCAGUCGUCGUGCUCGUCGAGUGGACUGGACUUGCGACCAACAUGGGCGAGGCCAACGUCCGAUGCCAUAAAUAGUGCGAGUAGCUCCACGCGAGAAUUCCCAACGUUAGCUGUUGCAGUCCAUGGUACGGAUUCUUCUCAGAAGAUACAAAGUAUGUUUGUAAUGAUUACAACUAACUUUUUUAUGUUGGCAUGGGUACGAAUUGGAAGAGCGAGAUGGGUGUGGACAGACAGUUCAUGA